CUCAAGUAUCAUUUCAAAUUCUGAUCGUUCAAUUUAUCAAUCGUACUAAAUUUUUAAAAAAUUAUUUAGUUAUUUUAACACAAUGUUUGCAAAAUUACUGUGCGUUGUUCUCUUCGUUUGUGCAUUUUCUCAAGUAAAUUGUAGAAUUAUAGUCGAUGGUAAUGGUAAUGAAGUAGAAGAAAAAUCGCCGAGUAUAGUUGGCCGUCUCUUUAGAGCCAGCGGCAACAUCAGAUACAGAUUGGCCGACAUUUUUGAUGGAAUUACUAAUUCAUUCAGAAAUGCGUGGAGAAAUAAUAUCGGAGGGUUAUUCAAUAGCUUCAGAAAAUUCGGGGGUAUAGGAAACCCUCAAAAUCCGAAUUCAAAUCCAGGAACGAAAUCAGAAGUUGAUGAUCUCGAUUACCUUAGAGAUGUAGAAGCUGUCGAUCCGAAAAUGCUCCCGAAUCCAAAUUGGAACGGCCGUCUUACUGCGGCGGACAUUGGAGAACUUACGGUUUUAUGCAAGCGAGGUGUUGUCGUCCCUGGAUUUUGCAAUGAGAAUAAAUGAAAUUAUUGUAAUUUUUUAUUUAACAAUUUGCUGAAUUUUACUUUGGGAAAUUUAUGUUUA